AUGGACGAUUCUGGGCUGAGCUAUCCCUGCCCUGUGUUCUCCAUAUUUGGGAACAUGAAGUCUGGAAAGCCCAUUCAGGUGCUUGUCAGAAACUUCUUUCCUUACUUUUAUAUAGAGCCUGCUAACGAUAAAGAGUAUAGGAAGGAGGAUAUAAAGGAGUCUAUCCAAAGACUUGACAUCAAAGCAACUGUGCUAGAAGUUGAGCCUGUUAUGAAACAAACCAUAUUAGGAUACACAGAGGGCAAGAAGAGGUUCUAUAAGGUGACCCUCAAUACUUCCCAUUCUUCAGCAGCCUUGCGGGCAUUUCUAGAGAGUGGAAUAUCUAUUAGAAGUGAAAAAGUUCGGUUCCGAGUAUAUGAAAGUGGAUUUCCCUUUGUAUUGAGAUUCAUGUGUGACCUUGGAAUUGUUGGGAUGAGUUAUCUCAAGGUAAAAAGCUAUGAAGUGUUAAGUACCGAGCACUUGACUCUGAGCACAUCUUAUGAGUUUUUGGAAACCUUACCACCUGCAGGAGAAUAUGCUAUCCUCCCCCCUCUUAAGAUUCUAAGUAUAGAUAUUGAAUGUAUAAGUGCAGGGAAUUCCUUCCCAUCUUCUAAAUCCGACCCUAUAAUUCAAAUAGGAAACACUCUAAUGCUACUUGGAAGUGAUAAACAUGUAAGCCAGGACAUCUUCUGCCUGAAGGAAACCACAGGGAUACCUGGUGCCAAUGUUUAUUGGUAUGACUCAGAGAAGGAGCUUUUGGAAAGCUGGAAGAAGUAUUUCAUGGAGAUAGACCCUGAUAUCAUUGUAGGAUACAAUAUUAAGGGGUUUGAUAUUCCUUACAUCCUUGACAGGGGAGAGGUCUUAGGAAUCAAUAACUUUUCCAUUCUAGGAAGGUCGAGAAAGAAGGCUAAGACGAGGGACACGACGAUGUCCAGUAAUAUGUUUGGGUCCAUAAGUACCACAGAGGUGGAGAUUGACGGAAGACUGAUUGUAGACAUGAUGAUUGUAAUACGAAGAGACUACAAACUGAGAAGCUAUUCACUGAACUCAGUUAGUAUUCAUUUUCUCAAGGAGCAGAAAGAGGAUGUCCCCCCGUCCUCCAUAGGGGAGCUCCAGUCCAAGGACAAGGACACUAGAAGAAGAAUAGCCUCAUAUUGCUUGAGGGACACGGUGCUUCCGCUUCGUUUAUUCAGUACUUUGAAUGUUCUGAUUAAUUACACUGAGCUAUCGAGAGUAACAGGAGUGCCCAUUGAGUACUUCUUUACUCGAGGAACAGCUAUCAAGAUAUUUGCACUUAUUUACAGAACGGCUGCAAAGGAGGAUUUUAUAGUUCCUGAAAUCGAUCCAUUUGAAUCAAACAAGUCUUUUGAGGGAGGCUUUGUUAUCGAGCCUAAGAGAGGGUUCUACAACAAACCUGUGUCUGUGAUGGACUUUAGCUCUCUGUAUCCUUCUAUAAUGAUAAGUAAUAAUCUUUGUUACACCACAUUGCUUACGAAAGAACAAUACAGAGUCCUUGGAGGGAUUAAGACCCCAACGGACAAUUAUUUCUGUAGUGCCGAAACGAAAAAAGGUCUUCUCCCAAGAAUCUUGAUCGAUUUACUAGACUCAAGAAAAAGAAUAAAAGAGGAAUUGAAGAAAGAGAAAGACCCGGCUCUAAAGGCGUGUCUGAAUGGGAGGCAGCUGGCUGUAAAGCUCUGUGCAAACUCAUUGUAUGGGUUCACAGGGGCAUCAAAAGGAAGGCUUCCUUGCUUUGAGAUAUCUCAGAGUGUAACUGGGUUUGGAAGGGAAAUGAUUAACUUCACAAAGAAUCUAAUUGAGGAGAACUUUUCGAAGAAGAAUGGGUACACUCAUGACUCUGUUGUGAUCUAUGGCGACACAGACUCUGUUAUGAUUGAUUUCAACGAGGAAGAUAUAGGAAAGGUUUUUGAAAUGAGCAAGGAGAUAUCCAGGUUCAUAACCACCAAGUUUGUGAAGCCUGUGUCUCUGGAGUUUGAAAAGGUUUACUAUCCGUACUUGCUCAUUAACAAGAAGAGAUAUGCUGGGCUACUUUACUCUAACCCAGAUAGCCCAAGCAAGAUAGAUACCAGAGGAAUUGAAACUGUAAGAAGAGACAACUGCGGGCUUGUCAAAGAAGUUGUUGAAACUGUUCUUGAAAUGAUUCUAUACCAAAGGAAUGUUGAGAAGGCCAAGAGGUUUGUUAAGAGUGUUGUAGGAGACCUGUACUUAGGAAGGAUAGACUUAAGCCUCCUAGUGAUUUCAAAAUCAUUAACAAAAACGGGAGACAAGUAUGGAAGUAAGCAGGCUCAUGUGGAGUUGGCCGAGAAGCUUAGAAAGAGGGAUGAGAGCACUGCACCGGUACUUGGAGACAGGGUUCCAUAUGUGAUAGUGAAGAAAGGAAAAGGGAUGGCGGCAUAUGAAAAGAGUGAAGAUCCUGUGUAUGUAUUGGAGAAUAAUCUUCCUAUAGAUACAGAAUACUAUAUUGAACAACAACUAUCAAAGCCUUUGAAAAGGAUAUUCGACCCUAUCAUGGACAAUGUUCAUGAGCUGUUUAAGGGAGACCACACAAGGGUCACAUCGUCGAUAUCUCUGAAGGGGCCGAUAAAUACAUUUCUGAAACUUGCAGAUGUUUGCAUUGGUUGCAAAGCAGAGGGAAAGAUAAUAUGUGGUAAUUGCGUGAAGGAUUUCCAUGUGUAUUUUCAGAAAAUGCAACAAGAGGUAGAGGACAAAAAGGAAAAAUUGAACGGCUGCUGGGUGGAAUGCCAAAGAUGCCAAGGAAGCAUCCAUAGCCAGGUACUGUGUGUUAAUAGAGAUUGCCCUAUCUUCUACAUGAGGACAAAAGUAAAGAAGGAAUUAGCCCCUCUUAAUGAAAAACUUAAGAAGUUAAGGUCCUUUUCUUGGUAG